UGGCGGCUGCAAAUGUAAUCAAGUAUUCCAUUCGCUGUUUUUGCCCUCUAAUCGCCGGAAACACAAGGGUCAAAUUCUGUAGAAUUGCAAGUUUGCUCUUUAGACGACAGCACACAAAACCCAUGGAAGAUGACAAUGUUCAGAAUAUAAAGUCCUCAAGACAAAGAAAAUAUUUUAAAGACCAAGAGAUUAGACCUCUUUCAGACUUUUUGACUGACAAGUUUGGACGACAUCACACUUAUCUUAGAAUUUCAUUGACAGAACGAUGCAAUCUAAGAUGUCAAUACUGUAUGCCAGAGGAAGGUGUCGAACUCUCUCCAAACUCAGAACUUUUAACAACAGAAGAAAUUGUAUCUUUGGCAAAAUUGUUUGUUGGAGAAGGAAUCAACAAAAUCAGACUUACUGGUGGCGAACCUUUGGUGCGCAAGGAUAUUGUUGAACUUUGUGAGGAACUUGGUAGAAUAGAAGGACUUGAAACUUUAGCAAUGACAACAAAUGGAAUUACCCUGGCAAGAAAGCUACCACAGCUAAAAAGAGUUGGACUAAACUUACUAAACAUCAGCCUUGAUACCUUAGUACCGCAGAAAUUUGAGUUUGUUACAAGAAGAAAAGGCUGGCAUAAGGUCAUGGAAUCCAUUGACUGUGCUUUAGAACUUGGCUACAACCCAGUUAAGGUGAAUUGUGUGGUUAUGAGAGGAUUAAAUGAAGAUGAAGUCUGUAACUUUGUGGAAAUGACACAGAAUAAGGCUAUAGAUGUGAGGUUCAUAGAAUACAUGCCAUUUGAUGGUAACAAAUGGAACUUCAAGAAAUUUGUUCCAUACAGCGAGAUGUUAGAGAGCAUAUCUAAGACGUGGCCAAAUGUUGAGAAGGUUUCAGACCAUCCUAAUGAUACCUCAAAGGCAUACAAGGUUCCAGGUUUUUCUGGUCAGUUUGGGUUUAUCACCUCUAUGAGUGAGCAUUUUUGUGGAAGCUGAAACAGACUGAGGAUCACAGCAGAUGGGAAUUUAAAGGUGUGUUUGUUUGGUAACUCUGAAGUAUCUUUGCGAGACUCUCUGCGAGCAGGAACCAGUGAAGAGGAACUUUUAGAAAUCAUCGGUGCCGCAGUUGGGAGGAAGAAGAAACAGCAUGCAGGAAUGUUUAACAUUGCUAAACAAAAGAAUCGCCCAAUGAUUCUCAUUGGCGGGUGACAAA